AUGCAUCAGUCCCUGACUCAGCAGCGGUCCAGCGACAUGUCCCUGCCCGAUUCCAUGGGAGCCUUCAAUCGAAGGAAACGAAACUCCAUCUAUGUCACUGUGACUUUGCUCAUUGUGUCCGUGUUAAUUCUCACGGUGGGCCUUGCCGCCACCACCAGGACCCAGAAUGUGACCGUCGGAGGUUAUUACCCAGGAGUUAUUCUCGGCUUUGGAUCCUUCCUUGGAAUCAUCGGAUCAAACCUUGUUGAGAACAAACGGCAGAUGCUGGUGGCUUCUAUCGUCUUUAUCAGCUUCGGAGUGAUUGCGGCCUUUUGUUGUGCCAUUGUCGAUGGGGUCUUUGCUGCCAGACACAUUGAUCUGAAACCACUCUAUGCUAACCGGUGCCACUACGUCCCCAAGACAUCCCAGAAGGAAGCUGAGGAGGUCAUAAGUUCCUCAACCAAAAAUUCUCCUUCCGCGAGGGUUAUGAGGAACCUUACCCAGGCAGCUAGAGAGGUGAACUGCCCUCACCUCAGCCGAGGAUUCUGCACGCCUCGCAUCCGGGGCAACACCUGUUUCUGCUGUGACCUCUACAACUGUGGCAACCGCGUGGAGAUCACUGGUGGGUACUAUGAAUACAUCGACGUCAGCAGCUGCCAGGACAUCAUUCACCUCUACCACCUGCUCUGGUCUGCCACCAUCCUCAACAUCGUCGGCCUGUUCCUGGGCAUCAUCACUGCCGCUGUCCUUGGAGGCUUUAAGGACAUGAACCCAGCUCUGCCAGCGCUGAACUGUUCUGUUGAAAAUGCCCACCCAACGGUUUCUUACUAUGCUCGUCCUCAAGUGGCAUCGUACAAUACCUACUACCAUAGCCCUCCCCACCUGCCGCCAUAUUCUGCUUACGACUUUCAGCAUUCCGGUGUCUUUCCAUCCUCCCCUCCCUCUGGACUUUCUGAUGAGCCCCAGUCCGCCUCGCCUUCGCCCAGCUACAUGUGGUCCUCGAGCGCACCGCCCCGCUACUCUCCCCCCUACUACCCGCCUUUUGAAAAACCACCACCUUACAGCCCCUAA